UGGCGGCUCCGCGGCGCGGGCCCGGCGCGAUGGCGGGGCCGGGGCCCGGGCCGGCCCCUCCGCGCCUGGCGCUGGCCCUGGCGCUGCUGGCCGCGCUGGUGGCCGUCAAGUACUACCGGGACGCGGAGGCGGCGCGGCAGCAGGAGCUGGCUCUGAAGUCCUUGGGGAGUGAGGGGCUGUUCCUCUUCUCCUCCCUGGACACCAACAAGGACCUGUACCUGAGCCCAGAGGAGUUCAAACCCAUCGCUGAGAAGCUCACAGGGGUUGCUCCAGUCUCAGAAUCUGAAGAGGAGGAGACGCCGGAUCCAGACGGGGAGACUUUGUCCAUCGUGGCCAAGUUCCAGCCCUUGCUCAUGGAAACAAUGACGAAGAGCAAGGAUGGUUUCUUGGGAAUUUCUCACGUGGCUCUGUCUGGGCUCAGGAACUGGACAGCCCCAGCAGCCCCUAUGAGUGUCCUGCUUGCCAGGCAGUUCAAAGCCUUUCUCCCUCCCAAGGAAAAUCUGGAUCUUGGGGAUCCCUGGUGGAUAAUUCCCAGUGAACUGAACAUCUUCACUGGCUAUCUCUCCAACAACAGGUUUUACCCUCCGCCUCCCAAGGGCAAAGAGGUGAUCAUCCACAAGCUGCUGAGCAUGUUCCACCCGCGGCCCUUCGUCAGGACGCGCUUCGCCCCGCAGGGAGCCGUGGCCUGCCUCCAGGCCAGCAGCAGCUUCUACUACACCGUAGCAUUCCGGAUCCACGCUGAAUUCCAGCUGAACGAGCCACCAAACUUCCCCUUCUGGUUUUCCCCGGGGCAGUUCACAGGUUACAUUGUCCUGUCCAAGGACUCUUCCCACAUCAGGGACUUCAGGCUCUUUGUUCCUAACAACAGGUCCCUGAACGUGGACAUGGAGUGGCUGUACGGGGCAAGCGAGAGCAGCAACAUGGAAGUGGACAUUGGAUACCUGCCUCAGAUGGAGCUGGAAUCCACAGGGCCCUCGGUGCCCACCGUGAUCCACGAUGAGGAUGGGAAGGUCCUGGCCAGCAGGGACCCCUCGGGGGAGCCCAUCCAGUUUGUGUUUGAGGAGAUCACCUGGCAGCAGGAGAUCCCCUGGCAGGAGGCAGCCCACAGGCUGGAGGUGGCCAUGUAUCCAUUUAAGAAGAUCUCCUACCUGCCCUUCACAGAAGCCUUUGAGAGAGCACAAGCAGAGAAGAAGCUGGUGCACUCCAUCCUGCUGUGGGGUGCCCUGGAUGACCAGUCCUGCUGAGGUUCGGGGCGAACUCUCCGGGAGACCGUCCUGGAAAGUUCGCCCAUCCUCGCCCUGCUCAACGAGAGCUUCAUCAGCAGCUGGUCCCUGGUGAAGGAGCUGGAGGAGCUGCAGAGCAACAGAGAGAAUGAGUUCCACAGCAAACUGGCCAAGCUGCACCUGGAGAAAUACAACUUCCCUGUGGAGAUGAUCAUCUGCCUCCCCAACGGCACAGUGAUUCACCACAUCAAUGCCAACUAUUUCCUGGACAUUACUUCUAUGAAGCCUGAAGAUGUUGAAAGCAGCAUCUUUAGUUUCUCAACCAAUUUUGAAGACCCUUCAACUGCAACUUACCUCCAGUUCCUGAAGGAAGGGCUGCACAGAGCAAAACCAUACCUGCAGCCCUAAACCCAGGCACCUGAAUGCCCCCCUGAGAUGGCCAAAGACUUCAGAGAUCUAUUUUGGUUACAGCAAAUCCUCCUCAUCCCCGUGGCAGGCGCUGGUGUUGAACUGCAGGCAGUCCCAGCUGGGGCUGUGCUCUGGAUCUGGGUGUGAGCCUGAGUUCCAGUUCCCACAGCCUGCCCUCCUCACUUCAGGCACAUUUCUACAGGAGUGCAAAUACUUGAAUCCAUUCCCAGUGCCCCUGCCUGGGUGUGCACCCACCCUCAUUCCUUUGCAGCUCCUGUUGAGCCUGGUGAAGCUGGUGCAAGCAGGGAGCAGCACUGCCAUUGUGACCAAACACUCGUGCUGAGGACAGAGCCAGCAGCCCUGGGCAGCUCUGGACACUGACAGUGACAAUCUGUGUGACAGGACUGUGGCAGCCCUGAGCUCCUGUGUCACCGGUGGCCUGGCUCAGGCAGGGUCUGUGCCCCGAGGGUGGCACGGGGACACCAGGAGUGGGCACCAGGGCAUCAGAGGGGUCAGCUGAGGAUCAGUCUGAGCCCCCAGGAGCUCCCCCAGGCUGUCCCACCCGUCCAUCCCUCCCAGGGCUGCCUCCCCAACAGCUCUGGGAGCUUCUCCCUGUGUCCCCUUGGAGCUGGUGCUCUGUCCCUGUCUGCUUUGAGCUUCCAGGUUGUGCUGGGGGAGGAACCAUCAAGUUCCCUCUGGGAGCUGCCCUGGGAUCCUCACCUGGCUGAGGACUGGGCAGGUCUAAAAGCCAGUACAAAAAGGUAUUUUCAGGAAUUUUUUCCAAAGAGAUUGUUCAGACAUGAAGCCAUUAUCCCUUACCUGAAGCCACCCUGAGCCGCUGCUCCCACUCUGUGCCAAUGCCUGGAUACAGAAUGAGCAUCAUUUUGUAAUUUGGAGAAGGAAAGGUUAAGUGAAAUGGGAUUUAAGGCAUGUUACUAACAGACAUGUGAGGGGACAAAGCAUCCUCAGUAGCUGCCUGCAGCCAGCCCUGGCUGGUGAUGCUUUUUCUGCUCUCUGAAGCACAAUUUUAUUGGACCAAAUCAAAUUAAGGGAAAAAACUUUUUUUUUUUUUUUUUUUUUUUUUUCUGACCAGGUAUUUUCAGUCCUGAGAGGAGCCUGGGGGUGGCAAUUACCCUGUCCCCACCCUGCCCCAGCUGAACCAGUGGCACUUCACUAAUUGCUCUAGUGAGAUAGAUUAAUUAAUGACCCCGGGACGUUUCUGUUGGCUUUGUAACUAUGCAUUAGCUCUGCACCUUCUCACAGCCCGGUGGGACGGGCUGGGUCUGGGCAGCAUUGCAGAGUUCUGUCGGCCCUUGGGGCACUUCCAUCCCUGCAGGGCUCAGCCUUUGGGAUCCUCGUUCCCUCCGUGCGUUCUCUCGGGACCGGCUCCGCUGCCGCCCCUGCCGCGCCUGGUGACGCCCCGGCCCGAAAGCCGCGGCGGGCCCGGGCCGAUGUCGGCCGGGAGGGGCGGCGGAGCGGCCGCGGUAAAACAUCCGUGCAUCGUCA